GCGCGCUCGGAUAUAGAGGAAGUAGGGCGCACCCCGCAUCGCUCCGCGCGCGCGGCUGCUUUUCCGGGUCGCGGCCACCAAGCGACAGCAGUGUUUCUCCCUGGGAGUGAAGUCGCUCGAGCUCUCCGCUUGUGCUUGGUCACAUGCUGAUGAAGGUUUUUGAAGUGAAGCUUCAUCACCCGACAAAAAGUGAAUGGCACGCGGGAGCGCGAGUGAGUCCGAGGCGCGCAGAGAGCAGGGUUCUACCGGGCAGCUUCCAGAGAGAGAAAGAAGGAGAAAAAAGAAGAGUGGAAGAGAAAGGAUGAAACCAGUGAGAGGUUACAGUUUGGAACCACCGGCGUCCACUUUGCUUUUCGGGACUCGCGGAGGGGGAGCGCGCGUGCAGGGUUGAAUUCGGGCUCAGGUGGUGGUGGGGGAAAAGUUCCGCAGCUGUGUACAAUGGUGAUAAAUGAGUCCCACCUGAACAACUCGUCGUCGGCAGAGUCCAGUGGCACCGCGUGGAGCCGCCCGCCGUGGGUCACCACAACUUUGGGCUGUUUUCUUAUCUUCACCAUCGUGGUGGACAUCCUGGGCAACCUGCUGGUUAUCUUCUCCGUCUAUCGCAACAAGAAGCUCCGGAACGCAGGGAACAUCUUUGUGGUCAGCCUGGCAGUAGCAGACCUUGUGGUGGCCAUCUACCCAUACCCUUUGGUCCUCACCUCCAUUUUCCACAAUGGCUGGAACCUGGGUUACGUCCAUUGCCAGAUCAGCGGCUUCCUCAUGGGUGUCAGCGUCAUCGGCUCCAUCUUCAACAUCACCGGCAUCGCCAUAAACAGAUACUGCUACAUUUGUCACAGCCUCAAAUAUGACAAAUUGUACAGCGACAAAAACUCUGUCUGCUAUGUUUUGUUAAUCUGGGCGCUGACCGUAGUGGCCAUCGUGCCCAACCUUUUUGUGGGUUCCCUUCAGUACGACCCACGGGUUUACUCCUGCACUUUUGAGCAGUCCGCCAGUUCAGCGUACACCAUCGCUGUGGUGUUUUUUCACUUCAUUUUACCCAUCAUGAUUGUCACCUACUGUUACCUGCGGAUAUGGAUUUUGGUCAUUCAGGURAGGAGGAGGGUCAAGCCAGACAAUCGGCCCAAGCUGACGCCACACGACGUCCGGAACUUUGUCACAAUGUUUGUGGUGUUUGUGCUCUUUGCCGUUUGCUGGGCGCCGCUCAACUUCAUCGGCCUGGCUGUAGCAAUCAAACCAGAGGUGGUGGUUCCCCUCAUCCCCGAGUGGUUAUUCGUGGCCAGCUACUUCAUGGCCUACUUCAACAGCUGCCUUAAUGCUAUUGUGUAUGGUGUGCUGAACCAGAACUUCCGGCGGGAGUACAAGCGGAUCGUGGUGUCCGUGUGUACAGCUCGUAUCUUCUUCCAGGACAGCUCCAAUGAUGCAGGGGAGAGACUCAAAAGUAAACCGUCACCACUCAUGACCAACAAUAACCAGGUCAAGGUAGACUCUGUCUGAGGCUGAACUCAGAGACAUGAACUCAUAUGCAGUUUUUGAGAGUUAUUGUUUCUUUUUAAA